AUGGCAAAGGCAAUUAAUAAUUAUCCUAAAAAUGAUCAUCAUCCUUUCGGAAACGAUUGUGAGAUACUGGAACAAGGUUCAUCAAAUGUUCAAGUUGAUCGUAUAUCAAGGUUCUUAUUAGAAUGUCCAGAAGCAGCUUCAAGUGUUCAUAAAUACCUUCAGAAAAAUUAUGCCAAGUCAAAUCAGCAACAACAAUUUGUACAACCAGUAAAUUCCACACCUAAACGUGACCGUCCAUUAGAUGAAAGUGGAGGCUCGAUCAACAAUGGAAGAGAGCAUCGCAAAUAUCCUCGUAAAGAGCCACAACAAUCAUCAUCUCCAAUGCUGUCAGAUGAAAGACAGUAUCAAGAGAUAAAUCAAGCUACUACAACAAAUCGUAAACGAAUUUCCCUUAAUCAACUGAAGCACGCGGUAUCUUCUAAUCUACCAUGUUUUUUUAUUGAAUUUACCUCGAAUGCUGAUCGUAAUAGUAUUCCAACAGCUAUUCAUGCAAGUGAUCUUAUAUUUAAAGAACUUCAAUCGAAGGGUGUUUUAAUCAAUAGAUUUACAUUAGUUGGUUGGUCAGGGAAAAAGCUAAAGUUAGGUGUUAAUAAUAAAGAAGAUUAUGCUAUUCUCGUCAGUACGGAUAAUUGGCCAACAAAGAUUAAUGGUAUUGAUAUUGUCGUAGUAAAACCAAAAUAUAUACCUGAUUCUUUUGCUCUUGUCGUUCGAUAUGUUCCUCGGGAUUUAGAAGAAAAUUUUGUUUCAAAUGAAAUACAGCGAACAAUUGCAUCCGCAGAUCGAAUUAAACGUAUUCAUUAUUCCUACCAAAGAAGAACAGAUGAUCAUCGCUUCGAUGUGAAAGAUUAUAGUGAAUAUAAUGCAGUGUUGCAACUGGGUCGAAUAGCAAUAGGCCAUUCGUGGUUAUCGAUCACCAAGUUCUAUCCUGGAAACCGUUUAACUUAUUGCACACGUUGUUGGCGUAUUGGUCAUUUAAGAAACACAUGCAACGCAGAAAGCAAAUGUCGUAUUUGUCUUGAGAAUCUGAAUAUCGAUACUCCGCAUAUGUGCAAUAAUGAACCGAAAUGUGCUCAAUGUGAUGGAAAGCAUCAUUCUUUGGAUAGUCAAUGUCAAGUGUUAAAAGAAUAUAAAGAUCAAUUAAAAGAAGAUGUCGAAGAUGCCAUACAAAAAGGAUUAUUACAGAGAUUUUCACCGCAAGAGAAAUCACCGUCAUUCGAACCGCUACCACGUACAACUGUUGAGUCGAAUAAGCUACGAGCAUCAUAUACUGAUAAAACAAUUGAUUCCAUCAAUGAUAAUCUAGCAAAGAUAAUCGAUAGUAACAAACGACUUGAAAAUAAAGUUGAUCUAUUAUCAUCAAGUAUGAAAACGGUUACUCUUGAUACCCAGCUACAUAAAGCAGUCUUAGCAGAUACUAUCAACAUUAUGAAAGACUUCAUGCAAUAUGUUAUACCAGCAUCGUUAACUGCUAGUAAAAAUGAAAGAUCAUCGUUGGUACAGGUCGCAAACGAAUACUAUAACCGCCUUCAUGUCGCGUCCUCAAGAUUAAUAAAUGGUUACCAAUUAAAUCAAUUAAAUCACCAAGUUCAGCUGAUGUCAACGUCACUUCAUUCUAGCACCGUUCAAACUGGUCAACAAUCUGCGUCAAAAUACAAUUCAACAGAAAAUGCAAAUCCUAGAGAUGAAGCCAUGCACCAGCUAGAAUUUUGGAAUUUUUCACCGAAAGAUCAGAAAUUAGUAUUAUCUCUGCUAGAUGAAUGGUACACAGGUUGGGGCACUCGUGCACUUGAAGCCAUUGAUUUAAUGUAUAACAUUCAAGCUUCUAUUUGUAUUUUUACAGAAGUGGGAGAGUUAUGGAACACGUGUCGAUCACCACAUUUUAACACGUUCUAUCAAAAGGGUACUAACAAAAAUGGAGGAGUGUGUAUAGCAGUGGGGAAGCAUCUGAAAGCGACGCGCAUCGAGGUUAACAUUCCGAACACAGUUGUGAUUGAUAUAGCAGGUCUAUCAGAACCAGUACGUAUCAUUGGUAUUUACUGGCCCACUAGUCAACAGCGUGAUCUAGAUGAAAUUCUGUCUUAUGUAGUAGAAGGUACCAUACUAUCAGGUGACUUUAAUGCAACAGUCAAGGAAUGGAAUAGUCCAGUAACUGAUAAAAGAGGCGCGCACGUGAAAGAAUGGAUUAAUGAAAGUAAUCUCAAUUAUAUUCCAUCAACGUCAAAUUCAUCUAAGCGCUCUCUACGUAAUAUAGAUUUGUCGUUCUCUAAUAUGAGUACUAUUUCAAGCGAAACAUUGUUUUUUGGCACUAGUGAUCAUUGGCCGAUUGUAUUAUCGUGCGAGAACAUUUUUUUCGAUACAAAUAGUUUUUUUCCUCAUACAAAUUGGAAGGCAUUUGAAGCAGUAAUAACACUAUUACAAACAUUCUGGAUGGAAGAACAAAAGAAAAAUAGUGCUGAUGAGUGGCAUAAACAAUGUAUUCGUUUCAUCGCGGCUGUCAAAAAUAGAGUGACUCAUUGGAAAGAGAGAGAUAAAUAUAAACCAUCAUUACCAGCUGACAUCAUCGAAAAGUUAAAAGAAAUACGCAAAGUGAGAAACAGAUAUUAUCAUUUAAAACAUGAAGGAGUUUUUAGUGAGGAAACUUGGGUGCUAUUACGCACCCUGACGAGAGAAUCAAGAGUUGAUAUUGCUAAAUACAAAACUGCUCAAUGGCAAAAUUUUUUAGCUAAUAUUGAAACGUCGUACGAUAAAUCAGAUAAAGCGUUUUGGACUCAUUUAUCUCGCAUUUAUAAAUCGCGUACGCUGCCCUUCUAUAAACUAUCGGAUGGCACUAAAAUAAUAUCAACACAACAAGAAAUCACAAACGAACUAUAUCAGUAUUACAGUGAACAGUUUAAAGCAUCUGCGCUGGAUUGUUCUAAUGAACAUGCAGUGCAGAUAGACAGUGAAUAUAAAGAGUUGUUAAAUAAAUUAGCAAUAUCGAGAGAUAAAGUCGAAAAAACUAGUACUUGGGAAAUUACACAAUUAAUUAAAACAUUAAAGCCUAAGAAGUCAGCAGGUUUUGAUUUGGUGGCAAACUUUAUAAUUAAAAAACUUCCUCCAAGUUACAUCGAGUGCCUAGCUAACUGCUUUAAUACAUGGUUAAACGAGUGUCGUUAUCCAGAAGACUGGAAAAUUGCGAAAAUCAUCACUUUAAAUCAGUUGAAAUCAGGUAUCCCCAAGUGUGAACAAACUCGUCCGAUAUCCUUGUUAGCUACGCAUUCUAAGCUAUUCGAAAAAGUGCUCCUACUAAGAAUUAGACACUGGGCUGAAACAAAUCGUUUAGUACCUUUAGAGCAAUCGGGUUUCCGUCCUAAAUGUCUUCUACCUACUCGCGUUCUUUCAAUAUAUCAGGAAGUCAAAAAUAACAUGGCAGCUAAUAUUCCGACACUGGCGCUUUAUGUCGAUUACCAAAAGGCUUAUGAUCGUGUUUGGCAUGCCGCUCUUUUGUGUAAACUAGAAAGAAUGGGAAUGCCUCGCAACUUAUUGAAAAUGACUGGUAGUUGGUUAAAAGAUAGAAGAGCGUACGUAGAAUAUGGUGAAAUAUCUUCGAAAAUAUUUAAUAUAAAUAUAGGACUUCCGCAGGGUAGUAGUCUUAGUCCGUAUCUAUUUAUAGUGUUUCACUCAGAUCUGACAAAUUAUCUGGGAGCUCAUUCGUGUCAUCUAUUUGCGGAUGAUCUUUGUGUAUUAAUUCGACCACCCAUAAUGAAAAAUUUAGGCCCGAUGAUUGAAUACUUAGAAAAAGAAGGUACACGAAUUUGUAAUCAGGUUUUUACGUACUCAAAAAAGUGGAAACAACCGUUAAAUGUUUCUAAAACUGUAGUACAAUUGUUUCAUACACAAGUAAAAAGACCAAUAGUAAACGUAACAAUAGACGGAAAUAAAAUCGAAUUAGUCAAAGAAUUCAAAUAUUUAGGGUUUACGUGGGCGGGUAAACUUUCGUUGAAACCGACAGUCGAAAAAAGUAUUGGAAAUAUUCAGAGAUCGUUAGGAAAAUUGAAAUGGAUGAAAUCUGGUCGAGAAAUGUCAUGUAAAGCCCUCAGGCAAUGGUUUUUCGCAUACACAUUUCCUCAUUUCGCUUGGUUAUUUCCACUGUUCCCACUCCUCGCAGAAUCCCAACAAAAUAUAUUGCAACAAAAAUUCCGUGUGGGACUUCGGCUGGUGCAUCGCUGCUUCUUCGUUUCUGCGCAUAAUCUGUUCAAUGUUACCUCUGAACAGCCUUUAGAAUUUUACAUUAAAAAAUAUAUUCAAAGAAGACUGAAAACGAUGUUCACAACUGACCUUGGUUCUUCAUUAUUCUAUGAAGAUAUUUUUGAUUGGGAUAACUUUUGUAAAAGGAAAAACGAUCGGCUUGGUCAUUUUUUUUGCUCACGUCGUGUGCGGCAAUUGAAAGAUCGACAUGAGUCGUUCCUUUUAAAAUGGUUGUCCUUUGUUGAUGCGAAUUAA